ACAAUGUCACGUAGCCACCGGCAUGGGCAUCGGCACUCAUAUUUCAUUCUGCAUUCACCGUUUGAGCUGAAUUUCGUCGAACCUUCUAUCUUGGAAUAUCGCUCAUUCGCCAGACCGGAAUUCAAUCCGGAUUCCCUAAAGAAAACAAUGGAAUCUGAUGAACUGAUCUUCAUCCUAUUUUGGACCAAUGUGGAUGUCAUAAGUCAACAUGUCUUCUACUUGUGGUCAAAAGCUUCAACUAUACUUCAGAAGUUGAAUUUCAAUGAGACAACGAUUUUUGGUGGGAUUUCUUGUCAUACAUAUAGCGUAGAAUGCUCUGAAUAUAGCUUAUCGAUAAACGAUCAUCGUACUAUUUUUGCAUAUAAAAAUGGCGAACGAUACGCUCAUACAAAAGGUAUUCGUGAUACUCAAUAUUUCAUCGAAUGGGUAAAAAUAAUUCUUAAUCUACAUAUGGUUUUUUCUUUAUUGGUUUCUGGUUGUUUUUAUUUCUUCGUCAAUAUUUUAGGAAAAUAUUUAGGCAAUCUUAGAGGAUUUGAUGAAAUUCGACCAGCUAUAACUAUUGGAAUAUUUGAAAACGAGAAUAGCGAUGAUUUCAAGACAUUUCAUAAUUUAGCAGAAAUUUACAGAGGACGAUAUCAUUUUGCUUAUUUCAUAAAAACUGGGAAACCAUCAACGAUGUAUACGAUACGUCCAUACGAGAAAAAGAAUUUUAGUGGUUACCAUUGCGAGAUUUGUUUUGCUUAUAGAAGCAUGCAAGCAAAUGAUAUUCAUCCACUUCGAUUUCUUCAACUUGGCCAAAUUAAUAGUAUUUUUGGUCAUCAAAACAUCGAACUUCGACCUGAGCCACAACUUCUCAAUGCACAUUUCCACGUAAGUUCUCUUUAG